GAUAGUGCUGCCCUCACCUCCUCUGAAAAACACGUGUUGUGGACAUCUCCGCGAAGCGCUAGAUUUCAUUAAUCAAGAGGAAGAGAACCCAGGAGAACAUAACCUCUUGUCGAUGAUCAGUUUUAGAUACAAAUAAAUAUUAUUACCGUUAUAUAUUUUUGCUUCAGCCUUUUUAUUCCUUUUUUUAGAGUCAAGGCAUUUCUGACGCUCUCAUUAAGUUAUUGAAAAUUUGUUUUAGAACUAUGUUUGCAUGGGAGAAAGAUUGAUGAUUUUUUUAAGUGUGUGUCAUUAAGUUUGUUAGUGCCAUUGGAAUCAUGUUCAAUCCCCUAUUUGUAAAGUAUCGAAGAAAGAAUCCGUCAGCUCAGCGAAUUAAAAAAAUUACCAGCUAUUUCGAACAACAACAACCAACAACUUCGCAACAUGGGAAUGAGGAGUCUAAACGUCUUAAAGUAGAUUCUGCUACCAGUAGCACGAAAGAAACACUGAGUAAAUUUGCCCGAAAACGGCGAUCUGACAAUGAACCUACAAAUUCAGCCAAAACCAAGAAGCAGUUAGAAGUUGCAGCUGAAACACAAGGCCCCAAACUGACUCCUUUUGAGCAACAAAUUUUACAAUUGAGACACAAACAUCCAGGAAUGGUUCUGAUAAUACAAAGUGGUUAUAAGUAUUACUUGUAUGGAGAAGAUGCAGAGGUUGCAUCAAGAGUGUUGAGGCUUGAAAUGUAUCCAAACCACAAUUUCAUGCGAAGUAGUUUCCCUGUGGAAAGACUACAUGUACAUGCUCGAAAAUUAGUGGAGGCUGGUUAUAAAGUUGGAGUGAUUCAGCAGCAAGAAGUUGCUGAAUUGAAAGCAAUUAGUGACAACAAGAACAAAGUGUUUGAUAGAGAAUUAACUGCCAUCUACACAAAAGGAACAGCAAUAGGAGAAGAUAUCCUUUUCUUGAAUGAAUAUCAGUAUUUUUCUUUAUUUACUCACUUGUUUUUUCAGGAUUCAGAAAACGAGUCUAGACUGUCGUAUAAAAUGAUCGUAGGGUCACUUUUAGUUACCAACAGUGAUUGUGUCAAGGAUGCUGAUAUAAAUGGAGGCUCAAAAUAUACAGAAGAGAUAGACCCUUUGAACCAGUCUGUUAAUAUAUGUAGUGAAGAGGCCUCUGCCAAUUUCAUUCUGUGUGUUGCAGAAGUGGAAGGUAAUCCUUCCAAACCAAAUAUAGGUCUUGUGGCAUUUGAUGUAGCUUCAGGGGAAGCUUAUUUUGAUCAUUUUGUGGACAAUCCAACUCGUGAAGAAUUAGAAAAAAGAGUCGAACAUUUGACACCAGCUGAAGUUCUUAUUCCAGAAAAACUGUCUUCCUCAUCUGCAAUUGUAUUGAAACAUAGUAAAGCCCGCUUAGAAGUAUUGCCAGAAGAAAAAUUUAAUUUCUCAGCAGCCUUAAUAGAAACUGCAGCUUUUUUGUCCAAAGCAACGGGUCCUACUGAAUCAAUUACAAACUUACCAGCACCAGUUGUAUGUUCUCUGAGUGCCCUUUUAAGUUAUCUUAAAAGUUGUAAUGUUGAUAAGACUUUACGUCCUGAAAAUUUACAGCACUUCUCAAAAAACGAACUUUAUGUUCAGUUAGAUGGUGCCACAAUCCGAAAUCUAGAAAUAUUCAAAUCAUCCAGUGAAACACAUCAUGGCAGCCUCUUUUGGCUUUUUGACCAGUAUGCUCAUCCUCGCUUUGGGUCAAGAGUAUUGCGAGAAUGGCUUUCACGACCACUUCGUGAUAUUGAAACUUUACGAAGACGACAAGAUGCAGUUGCGGAACUUCUUCACUGCUCCUCCAAAAGUGUGGUGGAACUGCACUCCAUUUUACAAAAGAUACCAGACCUGGAACACGGUCUUACUGCAAUUCUACUUGGAAGGUCCACUCCAUCAUCUGUUUAUAUAAUACUUCAAAAUUUGAGGGCUUUGAAGUUACGACUGGAAGCAAUAAUUGGUGCUUCAGAUGUAGUUAUAAGCAGCCCUCUCUUAAGAGACCUUAUAACAGAAUCUGCUUCGCUUCUCUCUAACAUCCUCCAGUUCUUGAACAACAUGAAUGAAGAUGCUGCAAGGAAUGCAAGCAGGAAAGGAGAUGUCACCAAUUUUCUGAAUGAUUAUUCAAAUUUUCCUGCAGUUCUAAAUCUUCAAACACAAAUUAGAAAUGUUGAAAAUCAGCUUGACAAGUUAUUACCAGAUAUUGCCAAAAAAAUUGGUCUUCGAACUGCAAAAUAUACUAGUGUUCAUGGAGUGGAUUACUUAACAGAGGUAAAAGUAAAGCAGUGUGUUCCAGAUAAUUGGAUUAAAGUUAAUGAGACCAAGCAUGUUAGUAGGUACCACACGUCAGAGGUAUUGCCUUUGCGUACAGAAUUGAAUAUUUUAAAAGCUCAACUUAAACAAGAGUGCCAGAAUUCGUGGAGAGACUUUAUUGAUUGUUUCAAUGUAUUUUAUGCUGAUCACAAGAAAGCUGUGAAAAACAUAGCAAUUCUUGAUGCUUUGAUAGCACUCUCUCAGCUUGCUAGAUCUGAUGGAUAUUGCAGACCAGAACUUGUUGAUGAUGAUAUAGUUAUAAAUAUUCAGAGAGGAAAGCAUCCCAUUGUUUCAAAGUUUGUAAAUGAUUUUGUACCCAAUAAUACAUACCUAGAGUGUCCAGAAAACUUGUGCAUGGUGUUAUCUGGCCCUAAUAUGGGUGGAAAAUCUUGCUAUGUGAGACAAGUUGCUCUGAUAGCAAUAAUGGCUCUUAUUGGUUCAUAUGUGCCUGCUGAAUAUGCUACAAUAGGAACAUUGGAUGCAAUUUAUACCAGGAUAGGAGCUCAAGAUGAGAUUUUUAAAGCACGAAGUACUCUCAUGAUGGAAAUGGAAGAAAGUUCCAGAAUUCUCCACAAGGCAACAAGACGAUCUCUGGUGCUAAUGGAUGAGCUGGGGAGAGGCACCAGUUCUCAUGAUGGUGCUGCAAUUGCUGCUGCUACUUUAUCUCAUUUGAUAAACAAAGUGCAGUGCUUGACCUUGUUCAUCACCCAUUUUCCAUCAGUAAUGGAUGUUGUUCCACAUUACAAUUUUUCUAUGGGAUUUCACAUUUCAAAAUUUGGUAAAGAAUCAGAAUCAGAAUUAUUGACAUUUUUGUACGUUGUGCAAACGGGAAAAGCAAGUCAUAGUUAUGGAGUGAAUGUGUCGCGUUUAGCUGGAAUUCCUAAGGAGAUUACUGAUAAAGCACUAAUUAAGGCUGAACAAUUGCAAGCAAAUGAUGAAAUUGAAAGAUCUGCAAGACACACAUUUCUCAAUUUAUGGAAAGCUUGCUCAGUUGAUGAAAUUAAAAGUUCCUUUGCAUAAUUCUGAUAUUAUUGUGAGUGAGAAAUGUAAAAAAUGUACAAAGUAUAUUAAAUUAAAUAAUAGUUUCAUGUUGACCAACUGGAAAAUACACCUUUCAAUCAUAAUAAUGUGAAAUUGAUCGUGCUAAUUGUAUUUUAGAUAUCAUCAGUCACUGAGAAUGAUAGAGAUCUUUUUUUCUCUGUUGUCAAUAAGUUAUGAAUAAUGUAACAUGUACAUAUUUUUUAGUGAAGAAUCAUUGCUUCAUUGAACGAGCAGGAUGUUUGUGAAAAGAUUUACAAAUUUUUGAAGAAUUGGACUGUUAAUCAGUAUUGAAUAUUAAUCAUUUGUGUAUUGCAAAAACUAUAAAUUCAUAAAUAAAAUAUUGGAAAAUAUUUAAUGAUUUGUUAAAAAAGUGUUAACAUUUCUCCUUCAUCGAUGCAUGUUAUAGGCAUCAUUAAAGAUGACAACAUUUUCAUGAUGAUAUGCAAAUAAUAUUGUUCUUUCUUGUUUAUUGGACCCCAGUAUUUAAAAUCUGGGGCCAUGCUAUUAGCUAUUGGCUUCUUUGUCUAGUAAAGUAUGUAAUGUAGAUGAAAACAAUAAGAAGUGACGGUAAGUGCUGACAGAUGAAUGAUUGGGGAAAAAAAGAAGAAAAAUAAAUUGCUGAUAUUCACCCUGUAAGAUUUGAAAGUAGUAAAUAAAUUUUAUUAUCUUAUUGAUAAGGUUAAAGAUAUUUCUUGUUCGCCAAUAACAUGCUGCUUCUAAUGCCUCUCUUUAUCAAUUGCAAGUAAUAAAAAUUUUAAAAUAUUCUCUUCUGAAUGCUUCUAAUUAAGUAAACUACACUUUCAUUAGACACUGGGCCAUACUGAUUAGGUAGUGGGCGCAAAGUAUGAAACAAUGUGAAAUUUGAAGGGUUGUUCAUUCUGAAGCAAUCAUGUUAUAGUUUCAUUGUAAGUGUUUCACUAGAACUUUCUCUACUACCUACUCAACAUGCAAUUUAAGAUUAAUUUGCAUAUAUGAAACAAGCUUCUGUUUUCUUGCAAUUAUCUAAUUUAAAUUCUUAACUGAAAUCAAACUACUACACACUUCUAUUCAGACUGAUUGAAAUCUAACUCUUGAUGAUACACAUGUCUCAAUGGUCUUGUUACGCAAAUGUCAUAUGGUAGAUUUUUGUUAAAUAAUAAACAUAUUAGUUAUUAUA